CGCAACGUAUUUCAGAGAGCAUCAAUCAGAGCCACUUAUUGAGGCUCAAGUCCGGUCACCACUGGGGAACCCUACGCUCUCGGAUUUGGUGGUCCACUGCCCAAAUCAACCACGCUGGCAACAUGGCUCAAGUGACGAAAUCAGCAAUGGACCUGAUGUUCAACAUACUCCUUUCUAUGGCAAAGGAGGGCUCCUCCGAUUGCCCACAGUUCACAACACCAGGACGAUCAAGCAGAGAUAAUCUCAUAAACACAGUCUACAAAUUGCAUCGAACGCGGUUACGUAUAUUAGAGCCUUACAGGAAAUUAAAAAAUGCACUCAAACAGCUCCAAGAGGAUUAUCUCAAGUCCAAGGAGGCCAAUCCCAUUAUGCGAUAUAUGAAAUUGCAACAAAGUGUACGGGAAGUAGUUAUAAUGGAGAAGCAGUACUGGAAGUUGCUAGAUAUUCCAGCACAAGACGGCGCUGAAGAAUCUAAUGAUUAUGUUGUAAGGAUCAUUCAUCUACUCGAAGAAACAUCGUCAGCUCCACCAUCCGGUGGAAUUGGCGCACUUCUCAGUUCGACAAUGAUGGGACGAAAUGUUGAAACACGAGUAGAUCAAAGCCUUUAUGACUCCAUAAAAAGUCGCAAAACCGAGGAGUUGCAAAAGGAUUGCGAAAAUAUGUAUGUACAGCUAUAUAAAUUGAUAAGGAAGUACCAGGGUUUGAGGAGGAUCAUCAAGGAACUCCAUGACAAGUACGACGCAUCACGGAUGUACCCCAUAGUCCCACGAUAUCCUCUUCUGAAGAAAAUGAUUAAAUCUGCUCUAAGAGCACCUGAAUUUGCCGAUAUUUGCCAUGAACAAACAGAGUAAUUUGUUGCUAUGCAAUGAAACUAUCAAAAUUUACAUCGAGAGUUGUGCUUGUUUGUUGUUUAUGUAAAGCAUUUAUAUCAUUGGAGCAGAGGUAUACCAAAACUCGUAAUUAGCGG